AUGGCUAUUGUUUUACCGGGAAAGCCACAGUCCAGCGUCCAGGGGCUGGCAACUGGCCUCUGGCAAGGCCGGCAUCUCAAUGUGUACACAACAGGCGGCGCCUUUACCAUACUCGAUGGCCCUCAAACAGUACUCCAGACCGUGUACAACGAUGACGAUGACGAGCACCAGCUAGAAGCGAUUGCAAUUGACGAGGCGUCGGGAAAAGUUGCCGUCUGUUCCGCUGAGCAAGUUCGAAUAUACCAACCAGUCAACUCUGUCGAUGGUGAUAAUCCAAAGUGGACUCGGCAGGCUUAUUUCGAAGUCUCCUCACUCAAGUCAGCCGCGCCAUGUUCGCUAUCCUGGGGCAGCUCCGAAGAGCUUCUCGUUGGCAACACCACGCUCUCACUCUUCGCGACCAAGACCCAUCCGCCCACCUGCUCGUGGAUCAAAUCUCUCCCCAACCCGGUCAUGACAUCGAUCAUCUCAUACGACUCGGCAUACAUCGCUAGUGUCAGUCACCACGACCGACUGCCAAAGGUAUGGAGGCGGCUAACCUACGGUCCGGACGAAGUUCGAUUUGAUAUGACUUAUCUCCGCCACCCCGACAUCGUCACGUCUAUCAGGUGGCGAAAACCUUAUCACCUGGACCAAACCGUCGAGAAUGUCCUGUAUACAGUUUGUCUCGACUUUCGUGUCCGUAUAUGGACUGCGCCGGAUGCGAGUGACGGGCGAUACUGGCGUCUCUGGGGGCAGGUGGAUCUCCAUGAAAAUGGUAGCGGGAUACCUACUUCGCCCAGCUGUCGAUUUGUAUGCAUCAUCGAUGGCCGUGACUUUACUACUGCGGUGGAAAGUGCUGCGAAAGAUCGCAUGGCAAGCAAUUAUAGCACUGACGAUGUAGCCCUGGAUUACGUUGUGGCCAUUGCUCGCAAGAACCCCGAAAUAUGUCUGGCUUUUUACAGCAACGGAGGUAUUUCAGCAUGGGCUCUUGAAAAUGUCGGCAAAGUCUCCAGAAGCAGUGGAAAGAUACUAAACAUUGCGGACGUCCAGGUUCGACAGAUUGAAAGCAUAUCGUCCUUCCUUAAGCCUUUCGGCAACCGCUUCAGUCAUAUUCAGGUCGAAACGUACUGUGGAAAGCCAGACGGACGACUAUACAUGCUCCUCCACGUGUUUGACGGCCGAGUGGGCGUCUUCACGGGGGAUGUUGCAGACCUCCUCGACCCCACACACAAUGACAAAGGCAUUGCCCUGCAGACAGUUUGGUCUGGUCAUUCUGCGCCUAUAAAGAAGAUAGUGCGCAAUUUUAGUGGUAGAGCUAUUGUGUCGAGGACCGCUGCUGGCGAGGCAGAGAUAGCGGCUCCUCUUGCACGAUGUGCGUUCCAAAUUUCAGGUACACCGCUCUGUCUUAUCAUACUGCCUCGGCCUGAUGCCAGAAAGUCGACGACGGCUCACGUAGCCAUGAUAACUUCGGAUCGACAAGGCAUAGUAUGGGAGGCAAAUCUACCGCACUAUUUGGAUGAUCCAGCUGGCAACGAGGGCGCGGCCAUAUUCGAGUUCUGUCGCUUCGAACUAAACAUGCCCGAUUCGCUAAAAUAUGUCCUCCCCGUUGAUCCUGCUGGCUCACUCCCGGUAACAUCGGACUCUUUGGACGUAUUUGCCAGGGAUAUUGCCAUGUCCUAUACGUGGACUGGCCGGGUCGACCUCUGGACAGCUCGCAUCGACCCUUCGCGCCGGUGCGUUGACUGGCUUUCGACGUGCAGCACGGAAACAGGGCUUACCAACCCAGCUCUGGCGAGCGGCAGCAUGCUAAAGAAGGCAGCAUUGGUGAACUCAGCAAGAUCCCAGUUAACGAUAUGGGACAUUGGUGGUUCCCGCCUGGAAUAUGAACAGAACUACAAACUGCACGACGAAAUUCAAGAUCUUGACUGGACAUCCACCCCGGACAGUCAGUCAAUUCUCGCUGUGGGCUUCCAAUAUCGCGUCAUUCUGGUAUCUCAGAUGCGGUUUGACUACCUCAACAAAGGGCCAGCUUGGGCACCAAUCCGAGAGAUCAGUACUCGCCCCCUCACGCCCCACCCUAUUGGGGAUUCUACCUGGCUUGGGGAUGGCCAUUUAGUUGUCGGUGCUGGAAAUCAGUUAUUCAUAUACGACAGACAUGCCGGCAGUGUUGACUCUCUCAUUGCGGAUUUUCGUACGGCCAAUCGUAGGGACGGGUCGUGGGACCUGUUCCAAGCCGUCCAGAGAUUCAACGGCCCCAUUCCCCUAUUUCACCCACAGUUCCUUAGCCAGUGUAUAUUGGCCGGAAAGAGUUUUCAAGUCCGGCAAAUCCUUGCGGCUCUACACAAGACACUCAAGUACCUCAUUCCGGGCGAAGCUGUAGAUGACUACCUUGGUCUAGAUUUGCAGGACUUCCACACGAUGCCGAUCUCCCGGAGUCUCGUGCCCGGCAAGGCAAAGAACUCCUACUUGAAUGGAACGUACAACAUGCCGGGAGUUGAGGGCCGGGAGGAUGAAGUCGGGGAUGCCACGGAGAUUUUCUCUGAACAGAUGGCGGUGGCUAUCAAUGAGCGACUGCUAAGAAUCGGGAUACCUCAGCUUACGGGUCAUGAACAGAUACAACUUGCUGAUAUGGUAGAGUGCGUAGCACUUGUGGAGCAGCAUCGUCGGUCGAUGGAUGAGAAUGCUGCCAGAUUCAUGCUCUUUUACCGACAAAAUUCCUUACGAAAGGGGCAGACUGGCGAAGCGCUAUUAUCGUGGAGGGAAAUUAACUGGGCCUAUCAUUCGAGCAGUCAGGACUUGCUCGCCGACUUUGUCUCGCGACAGGCACACGGGCAGAUGCUUUGGCAUCACGCUCGUGGCAGUGGCAUCUUCAUGUGGCUUUCUGAUGUGAAGGCGUUGAGGGCACAGUUCGAGAUAAUUGCUCAAAACGAAUACAUCAAAACCGAAGAAAAGAACCCUGUUCACUGCAGCCUCUUCUACCUGGCUCUUCGCAAGAAAACAGUAUUGCAGAGGCUGUGGCGGAUGGCCAGCUGGAAUAGGGAGCAGGCGGCGACGCAACGGUUGCUGUCAAACAACUUCGACGACCCGAAAUGGCAGAGAGCGGCGCUGAAGAAUGCGUACGCGUUGCUUGGCAAGCGAAGAUUUGAAUACGCUGCUGCCUUCUUCCUACUUGCGGACCACCUCGAGGAUGCCGCCGAAGUUUGCUUGAAGCAACUGAAAGACCUUCAGUUGGCCGUUGCUAUCACACGAGCAUACGAGGGAGACGGCGGGCCAAUUCUGUGCAAGCUGCUUCAGGAUGAGGUUCUCCCCCUUGCAGCCCAGGAGGGAAACCGAUGGCUCGCAUCGUGGGCAUUCUGGAUGCUUGGCCGCAGGGACAUGGCAGUCAGGGCCCUUGUAAUGCCUGUGUAUGCGCUCCUUGAAACUCCGAGUUCGCCCGACAUCAAGUCGCGGCUGUUCCUCACGGAUGACCCGGCUCUGGUUGUCCUUUACUCGCAACUUCGCCAGCAGACUUUACAAACGCUCCGAGGGGCGUCGAAAAUAACUCCAAGGGUAGAAUGGGAGUUCGUGCUGCACAGCGCAAAAUUGUACGACCGUAUGGGAUGCGAUCUACUGGGCCUAGAUCUGGUGCGAAACUGGGAAUUCCAGCAGCCAGCCACGGCUGGGUUUGGUGGUGAGGUUAACCCGCUAAAACUGUUGCGCCGAAGAAGCUCCUUGGUUGUCGACGAUUUGCCUCCUCCGCGGCGCGACUUUGAGAUGAAACCAAGAGACGAGGAUGAGAGCGCAAAUAUGUUUGCGAAAUCGGCUGCGAAGGCUUCAGCAGCGGUCCCCCCAGUUUUUGAGGAGCCCGACGCGAAUUCGUUACUAGAUAGUUUCGGGCUGUAA